CCUAGUCGGGAUUGAGCACUCACUGGGAUUUCUGUUUCAUAUCAGUAAUUCCGUGAUUACUGGAGUUAAUAUUUAUAUAAUGUAAUUCAAUCUAACUGAGAUGUUAUAGAAAACUGAAACAUCAAAUUAGUAUUACCAGGAAAGUUGUGUUUAACAGCUGUUUGGCGCCGCCGAGCAUCGAUCCAGUACCGGUACCGUACUACCUGUACAAUACCGUCAAGUGGAGAUAAAUUAGGAACUCGUCACCGUAUCCUGGUGUCGCUACGAUUUAGAAAUGUCGAUAGAAGAAAUGCACAGGUGCAAACAAAGGAAACAAUAUAAAUUGAUGCUUCUUAGUCUUGAAGAUUUAAUGAAAAUUCUGCCAUCAGCUACUGACAAUGAUAAACCAAGAACGAAGCAAACUCUUCUUUCAGAAGCAAAUCAAUACAUACACUACCUCCAACUUUGUAUUCAUCAACUCGGUAAAGAAACUGGAUAUUGUGACAAUAAGAUACUGGAGGUCCUCCACUGGGAUUCACCUUGUGAGAAACCUUGCAAAUGUUUGGAUUCUCUUGGUCUUGGAUCACAGCAGACUGUGCCAACAUGCAUGGAAAAUCGAUCAGACAUUCCACCAGAGCAAGAUGCCACUGUUCGAAGAUCUGGAGGUCUUCGAAGAAUUGCUCCAGGGACAAGUGGACAACAGUUACAGAACAGAAGUUCAACUCCAAGUAAAUUAUUCAAAAAGAGGAAAUCACAAAUGCCUAAGACUGGAAGUGAAUCAAAUGUUUCUUCCUACAUUCUGGAAACAGAAUCUUCAGAUUGUCCUUGGAAAUUCAGUCCAAUUCGACCUCUGAAGCGAUUGAAGCGGAACAUUGAAAAUAAUUUGGACAAGUCAAGUGAUGAUGAACAACUAUCAACUCCUAAGAAUAAUUCUAGAUUACAUCACCACCAGGUGCAGUAUGUAAUAUUAUCACACCCCCCAGUAGUUACAAGAGGACGAUCAUUGAGGAUUCACCACAAUCUGCGUCACAUAACUGGGCAGAUGUCAGUGUUAGAAGAAGCAGUAGUCCAUGGAUGCCAAAACCAGACACUGUUUAUGAGAGCAUAGAAGAUUUAGCAGAAGAGAUUGUAACACAGUAUGAAAAGCAGAAUGGACCUGGAGCCACUGAAGAUGAGCUUGACGAUCAUUUCUUAUCCAGUUCUUUUGCGUUAGAAAGUUUCUUGGACUCAACAGAUGAUGAGAGUCUACCUCUCGACAAUUUUCAAAUCAAGGAUUUGAUCCAGAGACAGAGACCAGGUGUGAGGGAUGCUCUAUUGUGCC